AUGGACCUUUGGCUUUUCUUCCUCACUUCUUUCUGUAUCGGAGCUUCUCUCCAUGCCCUCCUCAGCUUCCUACAAAACCAGAAGCUCCCACCAGGGCCUCCCUCCGUCCCCAUCCUCGGCAACAUCCUCUGGCUCCUCAAGUCCUCCAAGAACUUCUCCAACGUCGAGACCCUUCUCCGCGUCCUCCGCUCCGACUACGGCUCCAUCAUCACCCUCCACAUCGGCUCUCGCCCUUCCAUCUUCCUAACAACCCACUCCGCAGCCCAUAAAGCCCUCCUGCAGAAUGGCGCCACCUUCGCUAGCCGCCCUCAAUCCAUCGUCGCCACCCAAGUCCUAACCAAUAAUCACCGCACCGUGAGCUCCUCCGCCUACGGCCCUCUCUGGAGACUACUCCGACAAAACCUAAUGUCCAUAGUCCAUCCUUGUAAACUGAAGUCCUACUCCCAUUGCAGCAAAUGGGCUCUGAGUAGAUUGAACGAUAAGAUCAGGGACGACUUCAAAUCCGGUAAUGCUGUUCCCGUGGUAGACCAUAUUCGAUAUACCAUGUUUUGUCUAUUAUCAUAUUUCUGUUUUGGGGAAGAGUUCGAUGAGAAGACAGUUAGGGAAAUAGAGAAAUCUCAGGUGCCGGUGCUAUCCAAUUUUAUUCGGUUCAAUGUGCUGAAUUUUAUGCCCAGGUUGGCGAAGAUUGUCUUCAGAAAACUAUGGAAAGAGCUCUUGGAAAUUCGUCGCAACCAAGAAAAAACCCUUAUACCUAUCAUAAGAGCUUGCCGCGGCCGCGAGAAGAAGACGAUGGUAUCGUAUCUUGAUACCCUUUUGGAGCUUCAUGUCCAGGAUGUGGGAAGAAAGCUUCUGGAGGAGGAGCUCGUGAGCUUAUGCUCGGAGUUCCUGUUCAUCGGCACGGACACCAGCACGGCGGCGAUGCAGUGGGUGAUGGCCAACUUGGUGAAGCACCAAGACAUACAAGAGAAGGUGGUUGAGGAGAUUAACCGAGUUGUGAAGCCGGGAGAGGAGAUCAAGCAAGAAGAUGUCAGCCACAUGAAUUACUUGAAGGCAGUGGUGCUGGAGGCCUUGAGGAGGCAUCCGCCGGGCCAUUUUUCGAUACCGAGAUCGGUGACGGAGGAGACCAUUUUUGAUGGGUACCUGAUACCGAGAGAUGCCUUGGUGAAUUUCACAGUUGCAGACAUGGGUUGGGACCCCAGUGUGUGGGAAGAUCCGAUGGAAUUCAGGCCGGAGAGGUUCAUGGUGGGUGAAGGUGGAGAGGUGGAGUUUGAUGUAAAAGGGGUGAGGGAGAUCAAGAUGAUGCCUUUUGGGGCAGGAAGGAGGGUUUGUCCUGCUAUUUCCUUUGCAUUGUUUCAUAUACAAUACUUUGUGGCAAAUUUGAUUAGGGAUUUCAAGUGGGUUGCUGAGGAUGGAGGUGGGGUUGAUUUGAGUGAGAAGAAAGAUGGGUUCACCAUUGAACUCAAGCAUCCACUCAGGGCUCUAGUCUCUCCUAGAACAAUUAGCUAA